GGGAGGGCUGUGGAUUGGAGACUGAACGCUGCUGGAGCAGGAGCUGGGAGCAGACACAGGGAGAAGGCGGUGCAUUGCUGCAGCAUGGACUGAGGCUGAAGCCUCCUUCCAACCCGAGCCGUAUAUACAUGGAUUUCUAAACCCGGGGAACCCCAACACCUCCCAAAUGUUUCCGAAAUCCAGCCCGAUGCAGACAGAGCACUAGAUAUGGGGAAACUUCACUCCAAGCAUGCCGCCGUUUGUAAACCCAGAGAGAGUCCUGAAGGUGACAGUUUUGUGGUGAACGCUUGUUUGAGUCGGAAGGGGCUGGAGGACUGGAUCGUCAAACAGAAGAACAACCCGGGCUACUCAGCCGGCUUCCAGCGAGCGGGCUGCAGGCUUUCCACCGCGGGAUCGGCUGGUGAAUUUAGCAGAGAAGGAUAUAGUGAAGAACACUAUCCUUUAGAAGUUGCUCUACCUCCAGAGAACACUGAUGGCUUUAAUAAUACAGUUGAAAAGAAAAUGGAAAAAGAAGGAGCUGGACAAAGUGGCAUGAAGAAACAGCUGAAAUUUGAAGAGUUGGAAUGUGAUGUUUCUGUGGAAGAAGACAACAGGCAAGAGUGGACAUUCACUCUAUAUGACUUCGAUAACAAUGGGAAAGUCACCCGUGAGGAUAUCACUAGUCUUCUGCAUACAAUCUAUGAGGUGGUAGAUGCAUCUGUGAACCACUCACCGAGUACCAGCAAAACAUUGCGGGUAAAGCUAACGGUGACGCCUGAUGCAAGCCAAAAAAAGAAAGGCAAUCACACAGUUCAAAACGAUGUUAACAAUUCAUGGCAAAAAGCUGAAAAUAAAUGUUUAGAGGAGUCAAAGAAUAUGGAAAAGAAAAUCCGUGCUACCCUUAGACGUCACAACAGCGAUCAGCAUCCCCAGCAGAGUAACUGCCAUCGCCAGUGUGUGGAUGAAAACAUAGAAAGGAGAAAUCACUACCUUGAUUUGGCAGGGAUAGAAAACUACACCUCAAAAUUUGGACCAGGUUCACCUCCAGUGGCUUCUAGAAAGGAAAAUCAUGUGAAAAUUUCUCAUCAUGCCAGAUCCCGUUCCCAUGAUCCUGAGAUCAUGCACAGCCACCACAGGAGAUCUCAAACUAUGGAUCCAGGACACAGUCAUCUUAACCAUUCUUCAUACACUAGGAUGAUUGAAUUACAGCAAAGACUACGCAAUCAGGACACCAGCAAGCACUUAGUUAAAUCACCCAAAACCCUGAGCAAAAAUAUGAUGGCUUCAGUCCCAGUUGGAAAGGUUGGCAAGAACAAGCUUUCACAGAGUCCCUACAUGCCACUGACCCCCACUCCUGUGGUAGUCAGCCCAAAUAUUUCAUAUCUACCCAUGCAGCUUGGUCAACAGCAUCAGCAGAGUCAUAAGAAACAUAAGCAAAGAUCUAAGGACAACCAUCAAGUAUAUAAAGCCUUCCAACCCCCUUCAAGAGUAGUAGAGCAAGAGCAUGUGAGGGAUUUGCCAUCUCUUAUGCUGUAUGAAGGCCAUGUUGGUCGCAUUGUUCAGAGACAUGAACAUCAUCACCACCAUGAACAUCAUCACCACUACCAUCACUUCUACCAGACAUGAGCAGAGAAGACCAGGGUAUUCUACAAGAACUUAAAACCACAUUAUCCAACUUGAAGGAGCGAUUUCUGGCUGGAUUUUGUGACCGUUGCUCUAUACAGUAUUGUUGAUAUUAAUUAUAAGAUGCUAAGUUCAUUACUUUGACAGUGAAUAAUAAAGACAUGAAGUGAAACUAAAAGACUUUUGAACAGCUGGCUACCUCUAGUGUUAAUUCAGAUUUUAUUUUCUUUAACCUAUAAAAUGUGCCACAAGGGGUUUUUCUGUUCUGCAUACUUGUAACCUUUUUGUGUUGUCCAGAGUAUCAUUUAUGUUUCUGUAAUUGAAUUAUUUUCUAUAUUAAGAUUCACGUUACCCACAUUUGCCAACUCUACAGUCGUUAUAAUGCUGUAGUUUUAAUCCUUCCUUCUGGAGUCAAUUUUUUUUCUACCUUUUGAGAGGAAGCCUAAAGGAAAGAAACGCUGCUAAGUGUUCUGAAAGAUUUGUGCCAUUAUUGGUACAUUUUUUUCUUAGUUUAUUUGGUUGCUUGAAUUCAGUGCUUUCUGGUGAAAAGUUGUUGAUUUGAAUGUUUUGUUACUGAACAUGUAUUUGAGUUCUUUUGGAAUAUCCAAGAGAGUGGCAUGUCUCUCAGUUAAUUCUAUUCUGACUGCAUACAUAUGUGGAGUGAAUUGAUUAGACAAAGCUGUGCACAUAAUUUUCAGAGCUCCCUGCACUAGUUAGUGCACUGUAUCGCAGAUCAGAUCUUUAUGAUCUAAACUUCUUGGGUGUAAUCACUCGUGUACAUUUGAGAAAUGUGCACAGUGUAAAGUCUAAGAAUGUGUAUGUAUGCAAUUAAACCCAAUAUUAUAGCACUCAAGUUCUGUCACUCCUGUCCCACCAACUGGAGAAACCCGAGGUCACCGUAACAAUUGACUCUGUGCCAUGGGACUGAGUGACACAGAAGGUGCAAUGCUCUGUACACAUUUAAGAGAAGUUGGCAAGUAUAUAUUCUAUCUCAGGUGCAUUUUCUUUUAAAACUGUGGUUUGAGUUUAUUUUUUUUUGAAAAAUGAGUUUCUUCUGAAAGGAAUGACGGUGGACUUCUUAAUGAAUGGUGCACAGGGAAGAAGGGACAUAACUUGGUGCAACCAACUCCAUUUUUAAAGUAGUGUCUAAACCUUAUUGAAAUAACAUAGGAGUUAAUCAAAUAAAGAUACCUCACCCAUGAUGGUGAUAUGCAGGAUCCUGUUGAGAGUUAGUUGUGGUGAGUCUUUUGCACAAAUGGAAGAAGGCCUGGAAUGAUUAAGAUAUCUGUUUAUUCUAUGGCCAGCAUCUUAAACUCUACUACAGAAGAAUUCUAAAAUACCACAUGUUACUGCUGACUAUUAAGUGUUCAGCCCCUUUCACACAGCAAUAAAUAUGUCACUGCAAAAUGUCACUUUUACUCCAGGAAAAGGUCAAUAAUAAACUUCAGUGGGUUGUGUUCAGACAGGAAACACGUUACCAGAGACAAAUUUGAUCAGCAUUUUAAGUUGGCCUUUAGCUCAGUAAAAUUUACCAACUUUUUACUGAUCUUGCUGGGUCGUUAAGAAUAUUCAAGACUGAGAGAGACAGAUUUUUAAUCAGAAAGAGAAUCAAGGGUUAUAGGGAAAAAGCAGGAAAGUGGAGUUGAGGAUUAUCAGAUCAGCCACGAUCUCAUUGAAUGGUGGAGCAGACUCGAUGGGCCAAAUGGCCUGCUUCUGCUCCUACAUCUCAUGGUCUUAUGGUUUUGCAUUUAGAUUUAAAAUUGUACCGUUCUAAUUGUGAUAACAAAUUAAUGAUAUUUCUUGUGUUCAUCAGUAUAAUAAAUUCAGAACACACUGCUUUGCAAUCGCAUGACAGAUUAUUGUUACUGGUAAAGACAUGUGAUGUAUUUCCAAUCGUGAUUAGGGCAUGGGAAUCUUUCCAUGGAAUUUUUCUCAUUGGGAGUUUAUCAGUGUUUUUCUUUUUACAAAUAAGUAAUAUUUAGUUCACAGCUAGAACUGUUGAGCUGGACAAUUUACAUGUUACAUUAUUAAAAACAAUCCCAGUCUGGCAAUACUUGGGAUAAGGUGAGAACACUUACCUUGAAGUGCAUUCUGUAAACAAAGUGCCAGCUCUAGCUUAUUUAUUUUUUUCCUUUACAUCUGCUCCAAGAUUACCUCCUCACAAUAGGUUAUGGAAUAAUGAAUGGAACAUGCUACUGUUCUUGUCAAAAUAGUCUUUGCAUCAGCCAUAUAUCACCAUACCCUCACCCACCACAAGUGAAAUCACAAUAUCAUAUUGUGGUGGUGGAUUGAAUUAAUACUCUGAAAUGGCCAAAGAAGAUACACAAAAUCCUGGUAUUAGGAAAGGGAACAAGGAUUGGACGGAAUAUGUUUUCACAAACAUCAAUGCCUUCAUUUAUUAAAUCACUUCCGUGACAUAGGACAAGAAACCCCACAGACGUUGCUAUCUGUUUAGACAUCCUUGUCAAAUAAAACUACGCUUGUAUUAUACAGAGUAACACGCAGUGGAGUAUGUAUGUUACCCUCUUUAUACAUUACUCUAAAGGUAUCAGAAAGUAAUUUGCUGUGUGAAUUGGGCUUUAUAUCACAUCUAUGAAAAAACACAUCUGAUUUCUAUAGGCGUGAAAGGAAAGUCCCAUGGGCAGUGAAAUCGCCAGUCACGAACCAUAGAAGAAAAUGUUUUAGAAUGUACUGUUUUAUUUACAACUGCAUCCUUGAGGAAAACAUUCUAAAUAGAUUUCACGGAUUCUUCUGAGAUUUACUAAGGAAUUAAGGAGGCCAUGAACUUUUUCAUUUAUGGACUUAGAGUUGUACCUUGAUGUUAUAAAUGCUGCUUGAGUAGCAGUCUUUCCCUUCUAAGUAUACUUUGUAUUUAUAAAAUAUAUAUUGGACUGAAAGUGACACAUGUCUGCUAAGCAUAUUGGCUUUCUGUGUCUUAGUGUUUUAAUUAUUGGUAACCCUGUGUUAACAAACUAAGUCUAAUGCAAUCCUGUCUCCACCACUAGUAUAUCUUACACAUUUGUGUACAUUCCCGACGUGUGUAAUGUUUUUUGACAGCCAUGUAAAAGAACAGUAUUUAAAUCUGUAUUGACUACAUAUUGUACCAUUCAGUUGUAAUAUUACUUGUGUAACACAGUUCAUAAUGUUCCCUUCUGAAAGCAAUUUUUUUGCAGUAUCCCUUUAAUUGAAUAUAUCUUUCAGUAUUUUGUAUAGUAUAUAUAGAUGGUUUUGAUUAAAUGCUUUAUUUAUUUAAUAGUAAAACUGUGCCAACAGAAACCCCUUUUAAUUAAAGGUAAACUAGUCAAAUAUAUCAACAAAA